AUGGAAAAGGGUAGCACUCCUUUUGAAAGAACGUUAUAUGGUUAUUUUGUAGGGAAAAGGCUUGCUUUUCCGCUUGUCAAAGAUCGGCUCCAUGAUCUUUGGAAGGAACAUGGUUUAUGCGACAUUUUUAUUAAUAAUGAUGACAUGUUCUUUUUUAAAUUUGAUAACGACAAGGGUAUGAAUUACGUCCUUCAAAAGGGAAUUUGGAAGAUCAAUGGAAUCCCGCUCUUCCUUAGAAAAUGGGACCCGGAUGUUUUCAUUGAAAAACCAACUCAUGAUCGGGUCCCCGUUUGGGUUAAUAUUUUUGGCAUCCCCUUCCAACUCUUUAACAAAGAUGGCUUAAGUCUUAUUGCUAGUAAACUUGGAAAGCCUUUGGAGGUUGACUCUUACACCUCCACCAUGUGUGAGCGGGCUACGGGUAGAGCGGUUUAUGCCCGUAUUCUCAUUGAGAUGUCGGCUAAUGAACCUUGGGCAAAUGAUAUAAAAAUCAAAGCAAUCACGGCUAAAGGUGCUACAUCUACCACACUAAAAGUGGAGUACUCUUGGAACCCAAAGAGAUGCGACCAUUGCAAAAUUUUUGGUCACGAUCUUGCCAAUUGCCCCACUCACUUGACUUGUCCUCCCGUCCAAAAGACGGCUACGCCCACCCCGAUUGCAGUGGACAAAGAAGGGUUUCAAAUGGUUAAAAGGAGAACUAGGGCUAUCCCUAUCUCUAAAAAGAAGGUUCAAGUUGACAAUCGUAAAAGCAAAGGGCCCGCUUUAAAGAUCGCCCAAGUCUACAAGCCAAUCUCUCGUGAUCCGAAGAAAAAGAAUGUGUCUUCCAACAUGUUUGAUGCUCUCUCGAUUCAAAGAAUUGACGACACUGAAGACGAUUCUUGCUUCCCUCAUGUCAUCCAACAAAGAGAUACUCUCCCAUCUUCCGAUACCCAUCCGAGCUCCUCUCACGGUGGCCAUAUCUCUAUUCCAGUUGACCAGGGUUGA